AUGGAUAUAAGAGAGGUAGAGAGGGGUAGAAUAGAAGACAUAAUGGAGAUGCAAGAUGACCAACAGAUGGAAGAAAACAACAAUCAAGAUGAGGAGAUGCAAGAUGUUAAUACAAGAUUUGAAACUUCUUUUCCUCUUCUAGACAAUGUUUUGAGAUAUGAUGAUGAGUUGGAUCUUGAGAAACAUCUUAGCAAGGAAGAACUAGAAGACUGGGUUGCAGAGCUUGCGGGAGUAGAGAUUGAGGCGGAUGAAGCUCAAGAAGCACUUGAAAAUGAGUCUCUUGCUAAAGUAGAGGGUGAAGUUAAGGAAGAGUCAGCGCUAAGACUCCGUUCAGAUGAAAUGAUGACUUUUAGAGGCAAAUGGGAGGCACAUCUUGAUAACCUUGAAAUUGAAAGUGCAAACUCAUUGGAGCAACUGGAUGGUGCUAGUGUCGAACUUCCAAAACUGCACAAAAUGAUUGAAAGUCAAGUCCCUAAGGGUUGCUAUUCAGAAUCUUCGAAAAGAAGAGACCAUUGGGUUGGGACUCAGGCAACAAAAGAAACCGUGGAAUCAUUGGCUAACGCAGAGACUUUUCUUCACACUCACCGGCCUGUCCAAAAACGACAUGGGAAACUUUUGGAGGAGGGAGCUAGUGUGUUUCUGGACAAAAAGUCUGCUGAUGAUGGUUUUAAAGAGUGUGUAGCUGGACCAUCUGAGCCUGAUCGGUCGUCUCACAACAAUAUUUUUACGGGAAAAAAGGAUGAUGCUGUCUCCUUUGGUAGUAAGAAUUGGGCUUCUGUUUACUCGGCAAACACUCCACAAAAAGCUGCAGCCAUGGGAUUAGAAUUUCCAGGAGUCAAUGAGGUGGAGGGAAUUGGAGAGAUUGAUGUAGACUUGGCAGGCACAUUUUUUGGCGCUGCAAUAGAAAACGAAAGAGCUCUUGCCCUAGCUGAAGAACAAAAGAAAAACUAUAUGAGGGUAAAUGAGGAGGAUGAUAUAAAUAUUGAUCGUGAGCUUCAACUUCGCUUGAAUCGGAAGAGACGAUCCAAACAGGUUAUGAGGGACACGGAAGAGAAUAGUGAUGAUGAUUCUGCGUAUUUGGAUGAGAAUCCUACUAUCUCAAACCUGGCUGAAGAUCAAGUAAAAUGUCCGGAGACUAGCACACAGUUUCAAAAUAAUGAAGUCAACAAAGAGGAAAACGGGAACUUGUCUAAUUCAAAUGUGGUCACCAUCACAGAUUUGAAUGCAGAUACCAUGAGAGAUGAUUCACAGAAUACACCAAGCAAUUUCAAGUGUACUGCAUGUAAUAACGUAGCUGUGGAAGUGCACACUCAUCCCCUUUUACAAGUUAUAGUUUGCAUGGAUUGCAAACGGUCAAUUGAAGAAAGACUUGCUAAGGUACAUGCCGGUAAUGAUGACUCUUUGGAACGUUACUGUGAAUGGUGUGGACACAUUGCUGACUUAAUAGAUUGUCAUUCAUGCGAGAAACAUUUCUGUGCAUCAUGUAUUAAGAGGAAUAUUGGUGAUGAAUGCUUGUCUGAAGCUCAAUCCUAUGGUCGGGUUUGUUGUUGUUGCGCUCCAAUAUCCUUGCAGAGAUUGACACUAGAACUGGAGAAAGCCACAGGAGUUAACAAGUCUAGCUCUGAUAUUGCUGAUGUCAAUGUAGCAACAAGGUAUUAUCACCUUUUCAAAAAAAAAAAAAACAAGAAGAAAAUCCGACUGAUUACUGAUGAUGCUGAACUAGGGAAAGAUACAAAAGGAAAAAAAGCAAUUGAGAAGGAACAACAAAAGCGUCCCAAGUCCUUUCCGUUUUCUACCAGAUACAGAACAUAUAGCUCUUUGUCUAACGGUAAAAAUGUUCUACGAGGUGCUGAGGCUCUUGGUGAUGCUCACACUGGUUACAUAGUGAAUGUAUUUAGGGAGACUGGUGAAGAAGUUGUGAGAAUUCCUCCUAGCAUAUCUGCCCAACUAAAAGACCAUCAGGUUACAGGGAUUAGAUUUAUGUGGGAAAAUAUUGUUCAAUCUAUCAACAGUAUUAUCAAGUAUGGUGAUAAAGGUCAUGGGUGCAUUCUAGCACAUACAAUGGGACUGGGGAAAACUUUUCAGGUUAUAGCAUUCCUGUACACUGCAAUGAGAUGUGUUGAUUUGGGUUUCAAAACCGCUCUUAUUGUGACUCCUGUAAAUGUGUUGCACAACUGGCGAAAUGAGUUUAUGAAGUGGAUGCCUUCAGAAGUGAAUCCACUUGGCAUCUUCAUGCUUGAAGAUGUUUCAAGGGAGAUGAGACUGGACUUGCUAAUGGAGUGGAGAAGUAAGGGGGGAGUCUUAUUGUUGGGAUAUGCCACUUUUAGAAACCUGUCUCUUGGGAAAGGGAUGAAGGAUAUAAAUGCAGCUAGAGAAAUCUAUAAUGCUUUGAGGGAUGGACCUGAUAUACUUGUUUGUGACGAGGCUCACACCAUCAAGAACACUGGACCUGACACAACCAAAGCACUGAAGCAAGUUAAAUGCCAGAGAAGAAUUGCCUUAACUGGGUCACCCCUUCAAAACAAUAUCAUGGAAUAUUAUUGUAUGGUUGAUAUUGUAAGAGAAGGAUUCCUAGGAAGCAGCACCGAAUUUAGAAACCGCUUCCAAAAUCCAAUAGAGAGCGGGAAGAAUAUGAAUUCAACUGCAGAGGAUGUGAAAAUAAUGAACCGGAGCUCACACAUUCUGUAUGAGAAGUUGAAAGGAUUUGUGCAAAGAAUGGAUAUGAAUGUUAUGAAAAAUGAUCUGCCACCUAAGACAGUGUUUGUAAUAUCUGUCGAGCUAUCUCCCUUGCAGAGGAAGUUGUAUAAAAGGUUUCUUGAUCGAUAUGGUAUCAGUGAUGGAAGAACAGAUGAAAGGAUGAGAGAAAACUUCUUUUCUGCUUACCAAGUCUUGGCUCAGAUUUUGAAUCAUCCAGGGAUUCUUCCAAAGUUAAGCAGAGAAGGUAGCAAAGGCGGUGGCCGAGCUAGCAUUGUUAAUAUUCCAGAUGACUCUUCAAGUGAUGAAAAUGUAGACUGCAACAUGGAUGUGGGAGAGAAACAAAGAACUAUGAAUGGUUCGCAAGAUGAAGUUGAUGGCUACCUCCAGGAGGAUUGGUGGGUGGACUUGCUUGACAAAACUCACUACAAGGAGCCGGGCUAUAGUGGCAAAAUUGUUUUGCUGUUGGAUAUUCUAUCCAUGUGUGCUGAUGUGGAUGAUAAGGCGAUAGUGUUUAGCCAGAGUAUCCAAACACUGGAUCUCAUAGAACUUUAUCUUUCAAGACUACGUCGUGAUGGCACACGAGGAAAGUACUGGGAAAAGGGUUCAGACUGGUACAGAAUUGAUGGGAAAAUAGAAAGCUCAGAACGUCAGAUGUUAGUUGAUAAGUUCAAUGAGCCUGAAAACAAGAGGGUGAAAUGCACUUUAAUCUCAACCAGAGCUGGAUCACUUGGGAUUAAUCUCUAUGCUGCUAACCGUGUGAUCAUAGUUGAUGGUUCAUGGAAUCCGACUUAUGAUCUUCAAGCUAUAGAUCGAGCUUGGAGCUAUGGUCAGAAGAAGCCAGUGUUUGCCUACAGGUUGAUGGCACGUGGGACUAUUGAAGAAAAUAUAUAUAAACGGCAAGUGACUAAGGAGGGGCUUGCUGCAAGAGUGGUGGAUAGGAACAUAUCCAAAGAAGAGAUGUUACAACUUUUUGAGUUUGAUGAAGCUGUAGAUGGCCAAAACACUUCACUGGAACAGAAGGUUGGUUGCUGCUCAGACAAGUUGAUGGAGAACUUACUGGAGAGACACAACCCCAACUGGAUCUCUAGUUUUCAUGAGCAUGAGGCAUUGCUAAAGGAAAAUGAAGCAGAGAAACUCAAAACGGUCGAAGAAGUUCAGCAUGUCCCAGUGGAGAAACUCAAAAAGGUCGAAGAAGUUCAGCAUGUCCCAGUGGUGGUUCAACAAAAACCUUCACCUUCACCACAAACAAAGCCUCCACGGCUCCCAAAGAGGUUCAACAGAAGUCGUUUUGUGAGACGCAAUUGCACUAGAACGGCGCAUAAGCGUACAAUCAUAAGCCAACGAAGAAAAGUUGGUAGCAGCACGAUCUGUGGGGAGUGUGGACUCGCCUUAACGUGGGAUGAUCUUACACCUGCAAGGGCAACCAAAAUAGAUUACUUCUGAAACAUUGCAAAAGAGUUGGAGUUUGCUUUUUGCUUAUUUUUAAGUUUGUGGA